CAUAGGCAAACAACCGCCUUAAUAACAUCCUACAAAAUUUCUUUUACAAUUUGACACUCUCUCCCCUAGUCACCGUAAAUCAAACUCCCCUGACUUUCUUCACUCUUUCCUCACCAAAAAGACAUGGCUGAAUCUCCAUCUCAGACGCCCUCACCGACGACACCUACCGCCUUUUCCGAUACUGAUACGACACAGUAUUGGUGCUAUCACUGCGAAAAACGCGUCUAUAUAGAAACCCUAGCCAAUCUUCCUGAUGUUGUUUGCCACGAAUGUAAGAACGGCUUCGUCGAAUCAAUCCCCGCUCCAACCUUCUCACCACCUACACUCACUCCUGAUCACGUCGACGAUCCUUCUUUUGGAUCCCAGUUCCUUCAGGUCCUCCGUUUAAUCGCGCAUGCCGCGCGUGAAGAGGACGUUCCUCAGCAACAAACUCAAGAUCCCCAGUCGGAAGAAGAUUUUCUUCGAAUUGAGCUCGAUGGAUGGGAAAACGAUGAUGACGAUGACGAUGCGAAUGAAAACGAACAGAAUCAAAACGACGAGGAGGAGGAAGACAAUGAAGACGACGAAGACCAUGAAGGAGGAGGAGAAGAUCACUCUGAUAACGAGAACGAAGAGAACAGAGAAAUUGAUGACGAAGAAGAUCUGAGACGAAGGCGACGCGCAGAACUCCGUCUCCGGAUCCGAGACUUCGCGACACGAGCAAGAACCGGACGCAACCGGAUCCUGGACUGGGCUGAGAUUCUGAUGGGCCUAGAAGACAACUCAAUCGAAUUUCGCCUAGAAGUUCCAGAAUCUGACCGUUACAUAGGUAAUCCAGAGGAUUACGUGGACGCCGCUGGCUAUGAAGCUUUGCUGCAGAAUUUGGCAGAAAGUGACGGUGGAAGGAGGGGGGCCCCACCUGCAGCAAAAUCAGCUGUAUUGGAGUUACCGACGGUGGAGAUACUGUCGGAGCAGGAGGCAAUUGUAUGCGCAAUAUGUAAGGACAUGGUGAAUGUUGGUGAAACGGCGACGAAGUUACCGUGUGCACAUUUGUAUCACAGGGAUUGUAUUGUGCCGUGGUUAGGUUCGAGGAAUUCAUGUCCAGUUUGUAGAUUCGAGUUGCCAACUGAUGAUCCGGAGUAUGAGGAGGAGAGGAAUAAGAGAGUUAGUGUCAGUGGAGCUUCAGUUUCAUCCGGAGAGAAUACGAGUUCGGGUUGAUAUGAAUUGGUAUCCUCCGAAUUUAUGUGAUUUUCAUUUUUAUUUUUAACUUCUGGUUUAUGGACUUUUGGCUUUUAUUUGCUUGUGAAUUAAACCAAGUGACAAUUUUUUUUUUUUUUUUUUUUUUUUUUUUUUUUUUUUUAAAGUUUACUGUCCAUAUAUAUAAAUAUUAGCUCAAUAUGGGAUGUUUAAUGCUCAUGUGCAACCCAAUUCUAUACUGACGAUUGAAAUAAAAGCAUAGGAGGCAUUGCAUUCA